AGUUCCAUGGCUAAAUGUCUCGGACAACUCAAAAAUCUCAAGAUAUCCAAUUGUCAAAUCAUGGAAGAGAUAGUGAGAAAUGAAGAGAAUAUAGAUGACAUGUUUGAUAAGCUAAACCGUUUAGAGCUAUAUCUUCUUCCAAACCUUGCUAGAUUCACCUCUGGAAGUUACAUUAAAUUUCUGUCCUUGGCGUAUUUGGUUCUAGUCGGUUGUACUAAACUGGAGACAUUCAUCUUUGGUGCUAAGAGUGGAAAUAUUACAACCAACAAAGAAGAAAGAGAUAUUGAGCUCUUUGACGAAAAGGUAGGAUUUCCUAGCUUGGAUACGUUGUACAUAUGGGACUUACCUAAGUUGAAGACAAUAUUCCACAACCAACUUCAUUCAGAUUCUUUUGGCAGGCUCAGAAUUAUGGAUGUUCGUAGAUGCCACAGUGUAAUUAAUAUCUUUGGGCCAAGUAUCAUGGGAAGAUUGAAUACGUUAGAGUCCUUAGAAAUAGAGCAGUGCCAGUCACUACAAGUGGAAUAUGACACAUCAUCUACUACUCAGUUGAAUGGUUUUGAGUGCCCAAAUUUAAACUCAAUUGAGAUAGACUCAUGUGAUAGUUUGAAAAAUGUCUUUCCCGCCUCAGUGGCCAAAGAUCUUAAGCAGCUAAGCAAGUUGAAGGUUAAGAAUUGUGGUUGAAUGGAGGAAAUUGUCACAAAGGUAAAAGGACCAGAAAGGACACAUGAGUUCGGCUUCCCUAAAGUAGAAACUGUGAUAUUUGAAAAUCUGCCCCAACUUCAGAGUUUCUAUCCAGGGUUGCAUGUUUCUAAUUGGUCAUUACUCAACGAAUUAAAUUUCGAAAAAUGUGGUAGUGUGGAGAUUUUUGCUUUCGAAUUUUCAACAUAUCAUGAAAAAAUUGAGUUGGGUCACCCAACACCAACGAGACAACCUUUCUUUUUGAUUGAGAAGGUUUUGAUGCCCAACUUAACAACCUUGAAUGUGCAUCAAUGUGAUAGUUUAAGAUUCUUGUUUUCGAGUUCCAUGGCUAAAUGUCUCGGACAACUCAAAACACUCAAGAUAUCCAAUUGUCAAAUCUUGGAAGAGAUAGUGAGAAAUGAGGAGAAUAUAGAUGACAUGUUUGAUAAGCUAAACCGUUUAGAGCUACUACAUCUUCCAAACCUCGCUAGAUUCAGCUCUGGAAGUUACAUUAAAUUUCCGUCCUUGGCGUAUUUGGUUCUAGACGGUUGUACUAAACUGGAGACAUUCAUCUUUGGUGCUAAGAGUGGAAAUAUUACAACCAACAAAGAAGA